UGAAAUUCCAGUGGUGGCAGAGACUGGCAGAGAAAGCGUCCCGGAACCAUCAGGAUGGAGUUGUACAGCAAGGCAGAGACCCUGGAGCUGCGGAAGAAGCACAUCGGGCCCUCAUGCAAGGUUUUCUUCGCUAAAGACCCCAUUAAGAUUGUGAGGGCUGACGGACAGUAUAUGUUUGAUGAGAACGGAGAAAAAUACUUGGACUGCAUUAACAAUGUAGCACACGUUGGACACAGCCAUCCAGAAGUGAUCAAGGCUGCGGUGAAACAGAUGGAGUUGCUCAACACCAAUUCUCGAUUUCUGCAUGACAAUCUGGUCCUGUAUGCCAAGCGCCUCACGGCCACCCUACCAGAACAGCUCUCUGUGUGCUACUUUGUGAACUCUGGGUCUGAAGCGAAUGAUCUUGCUUUGCGCUUGGCUCGGCAGUAUAGCGGCCACCAAGAUGUGAUUACCCUUGACCAUGCUUAUCAUGGUCAUGUUACCUCCUUGAUUGACAUCAGUCCAUAUAAAUUUAAUCAGCUGGGGAAAGAGGGCAAAAAAGAAUUUGUACAUGUGGCUCCUUCUCCAGAUAUCUACAGAGGAAAGUACAGGGAGGACCAUCCAGAUCCAGCAAGUGCUUAUGCGGAUGAGGUGGCAAUGAUAAUUGAAGAGUCUCAGAAGAAUGGCCGCAAGAUUGCUGCCUUUAUUGCUGAGUCCAUGCAGAGUUGCGGAGGCCAAGUAAUUCCACCUGCAGGCUAUUUCCAGAAAGUGGCAGAAUCUGUCCACAGAGCAGGUGGUGUUUUCAUAGCGGAUGAAGUCCAGGUUGGUUUUGGUCGAGUUGGGAAAUAUUUCUGGGGCUUCCAGCUACAAGGCGAAGACUUUGUGCCUGACAUUGUCACUAUGGGAAAGCCAAUUGGCAACGGCCAUCCAAUGUCUUGUGUAGUUACGACAAGAGAGAUUGCUGAAGCCUUUGGUGCCUCUGGAUUGGAGUACUUCAAUACUUUUGGUGGCAAUCCAGUAUCCUGUGCAAUUGGUUUGACUGUUUUGGAUAUAAUAGAAAAAGAAGACCUCCAAGGGAACGCCACACGUGUUGGAAAUUAUCUCGCCGGACUACUGAAUGAACAGAAGGAAAAGCAUCCACUGGUAGGAGAUGUCAGAGGUGUUGGCUUGUUUGUUGGAGUGGAUCUGGUGAAGGAUCGACAAAAAAGAACUCCUGCCACUGCUGAGGCCCAGCAUAUCAUCUACAAGCUGAAAGAACAGAGGAUUCUUCUGAGUGCAGAUGGGCCAUAUAGAAACAUCUUGAAAUUUAAGCCGCCCAUGUGCUUCAGUAUGGAAGAUGCAAAGUUUGUAGUUGAUCAAAUUGAUGAGCUCCUCACUGACUUAGAAGAAGCAACUGUAGUCAGAACUAGAAACGGAGUGCCUACAAAUGUGAAGUGUAAAAGAAAGGUACCUACUGAUGGGAACUCCCAACUGGAAUGUAUCAGUGAAAGCAUCAGCCAUAUCAACGGAAGUGCCUGCAGACAAGAAAAUGUUUUUUGUCCUGAAAGUCGUACAGUGCCUUGCAAAAGGAUCAGGACAUGAAGCAUGAUAGAGGAACACCAGUAUAUGGUUGGAUGUUUUUAAAGAUGAACGGAUGUGUGUGCUAUAGUUGGUUAUCAUAUUGGCUGGUUAUCAUAUAUGUUGAGUCAGUAUUCAUUUACCUACAUUUGGAGCAUCAUGCUUUUCAGACAUAGUAUAAAAUGAGCAUAGCCUCCUCUGUUUUGAGAUGUCUAACACAGCUUUUGACUGAUUGGCCUUCCUCUAUUUGAAAUUUCAAUGUUCAGUAUUGAAAUAUUAAUAAUUGCCCAUGUUUUAAUGGCUGAUUUCUUGCACUGUGCAACAUUCUGGUGAGGCAAUUCUUGCCAAUAAUAAAAUAUUGUACAAUUAAAUAUUUAUCUUGUAGAUCUCAGAGAACACCUGGAACAACUAGGGGCGAGUGUUUAAAAAACCUGAAAUCCCACCUGUCAGCAUUUUAGGCUGCAAUUCUACACACACUUACCUGGAAAGAAGUCCUUUUGAACUCAGCAGGGCUAACUUCUGAAUACAGAUUAUAGAGUUUCACUGUUAGCAGGAGAGGGGAAACAAAUCAAAUCCCUACUCCUUUCUGACUUCUUAAAGGGAUUUCAGCUUUUUUGUUCAGUGGGAUGUACAUGUGAUUUUCUCCCCUUGCUAGAGAUAUGUGCAUAGAAUUGAUCUUGUUUUAUAUUCGGUGAAGAUUUGUAUUAUUGAUUGUAUAAUAUGACCGAAGAUUAUUAACUGUUGUCUGACCGAGAAAUUUAAAGUAAUAUUAUAUUUAGAUCCUAUGCCUUCUGGUUCUAUAUGUUUGUCAGUUUCUUGAAUGUUCUCAGCAUUUUUCAAGAACCCUGAUAGAAUACGAGUAAGCUUUCCAUUUACUAGGAGGCCUUGUUAAUUCCAAAGAAUAAAACUAUUUUAACCUCUGAGA